AAUAUCACAGCCGGGAUGUUUCCCGAGCAGCCUCACCAGUGCGUAGUGUGCAAGGGCACCGGCUUCCUGCGCGUCAACUUGUCAAAUAGAAACGGGGCCACGGAGCACUUCAGCUCGGCCCUCCGAUGCCCAUGCCGUCUCGGCGCAGGAGGGCAGCAAUGCGAGAAGACCGCAAGAAUGGCGGAGGUCAUCAACACCGCCUUUCGAGCCACGCUGCAGCCAUCCACGGUGCGGGACUACGAGCGCGUCAUUGAGACGUGCAUGCAGGCAAGGGAGCUGUUCCCGCUGGACUCACCGGAGAAGAUUAUGUGCAUCUUCUCCCUGUUCCUGCCGUGCCACACCACGCGCUUCCCUCGGGUCCGCGCGGCACUGAAGCUGUGGCACGAGAUGCAUAACUUCGCCGAACCGCCAUUUGAACAUGCCCUUGUCAAGAGGUUUCUUCGAGGGCUCCAGGUACACCCGGAGGUGUCGGCCACUCGACACGAGACGGACGUCUUCCCAUGGAAGGCCGUCCCACCGCUGCUGAAGCUAUGGUUGCUACCGCGGCCAGGACAGCAGUCACCGUCGCUGACAUGCCUCCGCAACGGAGCCAUCUUCCUGCUGCAAUUCUUCGCCGUGAAGCGCAUUCGAGAAAUCCUCGACCUCACCGCAGCAGACCUCAUCUUGACAGCGGACAGCAUCGUCCUCUACAUACGCAAGAGCAAAACCGACCGCACGGGGAAGGGAUUCCACAUGCGAAUCCCACCCACCAACUCGCUCUUCCCCCAGCUGUCAACAGCACUCCGAGCAUACCUCGAGGUCGCCCCGCAGGAACCGACACAACAUCUGUUCCAGUCAACAGAUCCCACGGGCACGAGGUGGACAGGCCGGCGGCUGUGCCCCUCCUCGUUCAACUGCGCUCUCAAGAGGACGGCCGAAGCGGUAGCUGUCACAGGCAAGAUUGCCUCGCACAGCCUCAGGAAAGGGGGCGCAUCGUGGUAUCUACUGAAGGGCAACCCGCCUGAGCUGGUCAAGCGAGUGGGCAACUGGAAAGGCCCAUCGUGGGAGAUCUACGCUAAGUUCUCACUGGAAGACAUGGCAGCUAUGCUGCAAGAAAACGAUGAUGAUGAAUGAAUACGUGCGAACACCGAU